UCCAGCCCCACCCCCUGUAAGCCCUGCUCCUGCUUUUUAUCCAGAGGACUCCAUCUGUGUCUCCUGUCAAGGAGGAGGCGCGGGGGGUUGUGGGGAUGGGGAGGACGGCUUCGCCUUUGGAUUCCUCUCCAGCAGCCACCAGUGGGUCUCCGGGAGGGAGGCAAAGUCUCACUGCCUCCUCUGGACAGCCUCCGAUGGAAGUGACGGCAGGCUCCAGCCGCUGAGCGGUGACAUCCCCCAUCCACACGAGCAUCGCCCCCCGCCCCCCGCCCCGUGCUCGUCUCCCCCGCGCCCGCUCCGCGCCCAGUCUGAGCCGCGCUUGGCACGGGGAAGGAGCGCUCGCCUCCGCGCCGCGGACCAGGGGGCUCCGCUCCGUCAAACGCGGGCGCUUGGAGGGGGGCACCGAGGCGGGAGACCGCGCUCCGGGAGGAGUCCCCCGCGGCGCUGCCUGGCGCUCGGCGCCCUGUGAUUGGAGGGCGGGGAGCCCCCCGCGCCGGAGCUGCCCGGAGCGCAGACAGACUCGGCUGGCCGCGCAAGUUCUCCCCAGCGGAGCUAGCAGCCGCCCGGGCACAUGUCUGAGAGCGUCCAGCGAGGACUUCGCCGGCGAGCCACCCCCAGCCGUUUGGAUUAAAAGCCUCAUUGCAGCGGCCGAUCCAGGGGAAGAGGAGGCAGGUACCUAUUAUACCAUUUCUCUGGUGAAGGCUAUUCAGCAGUGGUGACCUCUUCCAAUCGAACAUUCCACGAAUUAUUAUCUCUGGAGUCCGGAGGCUAGAGCUACUGAGCCAACUGGAAUUGCGCCCACCCUCUUAUCAAGGUUUUUUCUUACACAGGGGAAAAAAAGAUGAAGUUGGGCAAAGUGGAGUUCUGCCAUUUUUUGCAGAUAAUAGCUCUUUUCCUGUGUCUUUCUGGGAUGAAUCAAGCUGAACUCUCAAGGUCCAGAUCAAAGCCGUACUUUCAAUCAGGGAGGCCGAGAACCAAGCGCAGCUGGGUGUGGAAUCAAUUCUUUGUGCUGGAGGAAUACAUGGGUACAGACCCUCUCUAUGUAGGAAAGCUUCACUCUGAUGUUGAUAAAGGAGAUGGCUCCAUCAAAUACAUCUUGUCAGGCGAAGGGGCAAGUUCCAUUUUCAUUAUUGAUGAGAACACGGGGGAUAUUCAUGCUACAAAGAGGCUGGAUCGGGAAGAGCAGGCCUACUACACGCUCCGAGCACAAGCACUAGAUAGGCUCACUAAUAAACCUGUGGAACCAGAGUCGGAGUUCGUCAUUAAGAUUCAGGACAUCAAUGACAAUGAACCAAAAUUUCUGGAUGGCCCUUACACUGCUGGGGUUCCGGAGAUGUCUCCCGUGGGAACUUCUGUGGUUCAGGUAACAGCUACUGAUGCAGAUGACCCUACUUAUGGCAAUAGUGCCAGAGUCGUUUACAGUAUUCUGCAAGGACAACCUUACUUUUCUGUGGAGCCAAAGACAGGUAUUAUCAAGACUGCCCUACCGAACAUGGAUAGGGAGGCCAAAGACCAGUAUUUACUUGUUAUUCAAGCAAAGGAUAUGGUUGGACAAAAUGGUGGACUGUCUGGGACCACAUCUGUAACUGUCACCUUGACCGAUGUCAAUGAUAAUCCACCACGGUUUCCACGGAGAUCAUAUCAGUAUAAUGUCCCAGAGUCCUUGCCUGUGGCUUCAGUGGUGGCCAAAAUAAAAGCUGCAGAUGCUGAUGUGGGCCCUAAUGCUGAAAUGGAAUAUAAGAUUGUGGAUGGUGAUGGCCUUGGAGUUUUCAAAAUUUCUGUUGACAAAGAUACACAGGAGGGAAUCAUUACUAUUCAGAAGGAGCUGGAUUUUGAAGCUAAAACAAGCUAUACACUGAGGAUAGAAGCAGCAAAUAAGCAUGUUGACUCUCGCUUUCAAAGUCUGGGGCCCUUUAGCGAUAUGACAACAGUGAAGAUAAUUGUGGAGGAUGUGGAUGAGCCUCCUGUAUUCACUUCCCAUUUGUAUUCCAUGGUAGUGUCUGAAGCAGCAAAGGUUGGCACCAUCAUUGGAACAGUUGCAGCCCAUGACCCUGAUAUCUUGAACAGCCCUGUUAGGUACUCAAUCGACCGAAACACAGACCUGGAGAGAUAUUUCAAUAUUGAUGCCAACAGUGGAGUCAUUACAACUGCCAAGUCUUUGGAUAGAGAAACGAAUGCUGUUCAUAACAUCACUGUCUUGGCUAUGGAGAGUCAGAACCCAGCACAGAUUGGGAGAGGAUAUGUGGCCAUCACUAUCCUUGACAUCAACGACAAUGCCCCCGAGUUUGCCAUGGAGUACGAGACAACAGUCUGUGAAAAUGCUCAGCCUGGCCAGGUAAUCCAGAAAAUCAGUGCUGUUGAUAAAGAUGACCCACCCAGUGGUCACCAGUUCUACUUCAGUUUGACAGCAGAAGCAGCAAAUAACCACAACUUUUCUCUGCAAGACAACAAAGACAACACCGCAUCUGUGCUAACCAGGAGAAAUGGAUUCCGGAGACAGGAACAGGCUGUUUUCUACUUGCCAGUAUUCAUUGUGGACAGUGGCUCGCCCUCACUUAGUAGUACCAAUACCCUCACUAUCAGAGUGUGUGACUGUGAUGCCGACGGCAGAGCCCAAACAUGCAAUGCAGAGGCAUACGUCUUGCCUGCAGGACUUAGCACUGGUGCACUUAUAGCAAUACUUGCUUGCGUCCUGACAUUAUUAGUGCUGGUCUUGCUGAUUGUCACCAUGAGACGGCGGAAAAAAGAGCCACUAAUUUUUGAUGAGGAGAGAGAUAUCAGGGAAAACAUAGUCAGAUAUGAUGAUGAGGGUGGCGGAGAAGAAGACACGGAGGCUUUUGAUAUGGCUGCCUUGAGAAACCUCAACAUCAUCCGAGACACCAAGACCAGAAGGGAUGUGACUCCCGAGAUUCAGUUCUUGAGCAGACCAACUUUUAAAAGUAUCCCAGAUAAUGUCAUUUUUAGGGAAUUUAUCUGGGAGAGACUAAAAGAGGCUGAUGUGGAUCCCUGUGCCCCGCCAUAUGAUUCCUUGCAGACGUAUGCCUUUGAGGGAAGUGGCUCAGUGGCUGAGUCACUCAGCUCUUUAGAUUCCAUCAGUUCAAACUCUGAUCAGAAUUACGAUUACCUCAGCGACUGGGGGCCUCGUUUUAAACGACUCGCGGAUAUGUACGGAACUGGCCCUGACAGCUUGUACUCAUAGCCUUGGAACCUUUCUGUGUAAAUGCACCGAAGAAAAACAAAAACAAAAACUUAACAUCUGGACAAAGGCAAGUUGUAAAUAUUUCUCCAUUUUUAACCUUUUAGGUUUUUUUGCCUUGGUGAAGCAUAUUUUCAUUAGACUUGUCCUAGGGACUGCACUGACCACACGCAGAUCCUGAGCAUUUGAUGGCAUUUUUGAUAAAAUGAGACGCUCAGCCAUAUCCAAAUAGAUAGCAACCCUUAUAUACCUGCAGAGGCAACUAACUUCUAAGAGUAGUGCACUGUGACUUCAAUGAGCCAAUGAUACCCUAGAGAUGCCUUCACAGUACUGCCAUGUCUAGACUGUAAAGUCUCUAAUAAGGGAUAAGUAGAAGAGGAAACAAACAAAACACAAUAUCCCAUUCAAAACAGUCUUACAAUAUUGUAGUUUUCUGAUUUAAAAAAAAAAAAACUGUUGGCAAAUUUUAUUUACAGUGUUGCAUGCAGCUUGCUUGCUCAAAAAACUCCAAACAAACAAAAGACAAAAAAAACAAAAAACCCAGCAGAAUAUUUUUAUUGGUGGCGAUGGUGGUGACGAGAGCUAUUUAAUUAGAAAUCUCUGUAAAUACCUAGGUUAUCAAAACAAACAAAAAUAAUUGCAAACCAUGCUAAGAAAACCUGCAAUAUUUGUCAUCGUCUUACUGAAAUAAUUUACAAUCCCCAUAAAAUAAAAAAUAUGGAAAGGGAUUCUUAACGUUGAAAAUGGGCUUGUGAUGCCUGUGUAGGUACGCAAAAAGUUGCUGUCUAUUUGUUAUUUUUUAUUGUCUCUUCUGAUUUGUACAGGAGAAUUUAUCUUUUGUUUCUUUUUUUAAUUUAACAUAGAGAGUUAUAUUUAUUUUGGAGCUCCAGUCUCCACUAAAUUCAGGUCCAUUUUACUGCCUCAUGGUAUUACACGCGUCAGAACAUGCUGAUUUUUCUCCAGUCUCAGAUACGUGAAGGAAAUGAAGCAUGGAAAUGGAGAAAUUACAGUACAGCAAUCGAGCCCGCCAUUCAUCUCUCAAAAAGGAGCACAGCUACAAGGACACACAGUCAUUCUUCUGAGCUAUUACCAUGUCUGAGACAUUUGAAUAAAAUAUUUGUACAUUGCAUUUUCGAAAGAA